AGUUGAAUGAAAUUUUGGAAAAGGAACAUAAUAGUGAAGCCUAUGUUACGAACAGAACAUUGAAGACACUUCUAAUUGACAACUUUGGAGAAGAAUUAUCAUUUACAUAUCCAAAAGAUAGGAAGAAAUCACAGAUGUUUUAUUUAUCUGACACACAAACUACUGCAACAGUUAUAGAAACAAUGCGAUCAAACAACCCAAUUGAAGUAUGUGCAAAUAAAUUGAGAUCAGAGUGUGAGAACUUUGACUUUAACCUCGAUAACAGCUUCAGAUAUGCCAGUGAUUUAGAGCUAAGUUUACAGUACUAUCAUUCAAGUAGUGCACUUCCUUAUUGGGAGAAGUUUUUCAAAAUAUUAUUUUCCAAUCGAAGUUAUUCAGAACAGAUUAAAAGGAAUACCUUCUAUGAACUCAUUUCGUAUCUAACGAAGCGUAGACACAAACAUAAGGCGGGAAAAUUACUCGACAAAAUUAACAAAUACUAA